ACACAAGUUUAGUCUUUCAUCACUCCAUCCUAGCAUCUUAUCAAUUGGAGUUGACCCUUGACAAUCGAUUUCCGGCAACAAAAUUUCCACACCUUUUUAUAGCUGAUAAAUAGAAAUCUUUGAGUGUGUGUAUAUAGCACGAAUAAGUUAUGUGGUCCCCUGCAUUCACAUAAACCGCGGAUAAAUUGUUGUAGAAAGCGAUUGUCAGGGACCAGAUCCUUUAUCUGCAGCCUAUCAAGUUUGGUUUCUCUGCUUAAUUAAGUUUUCAAUACCAGGUUCCAACUGCAAAUCACAUGGAUUCUCCAGAUGAGAUACUCUACGACUUCUCCCCUCUGUUUCGUGUUUUCAAAGAUGGCCGGACUGAGCGAUUGUCAGGAAACGAUAUUGUCCCCGCAUCACUAGAUCCAACCACAGGCGUCGAGUCCAAGGAUGUCACUGUAAAUUCAAUCUCCGGCGUUUCCGCAAGAAUCUACCUGCCAAAUUCCGCUGACAAGGCUCACAAGCUUCCACUUCUAGUUUAUUUUCACGGAGGAUGUUUCGUAGUUGACACCGCUUUCUCACCUCUCUAUCACACUCACCUCAACAACCUUGCAGCGCAAGCUAAUAUAGUUAUUGUCUCAGUAGACUAUCGAAGAGUUCCAGAGCAUCCCCUGCCAAUCGCGUAUGAAGACUCAUGGGCUGCGGUACAAUGGAUUGCAUCUCAUGCCUCAAGAAACGGUCAGGAGCCGUGGAUAAAUAUUUACGCUGAUUUUCAGAGUUUUUUCCUCGGUGGUGACAGUGCGGGUGCUAAUAUAGCACACAACAUGGCUGUUCGGGCUGGCUCGGAGAGUCCAGCUGGUUUGAAUUUCACGGGGAUUGUUUUGGUGCAUUCGUUUUUUUGGGGUAAAGAAGCAGGGCCUGGCCAGGUUAUUCUCCCGGGAACCAGAGCUUUUGCGGAGAAGUUGUGGCUUUGUGUCAAUCCGUCUAGUAGCGGGUUAGAUGACCCUUUGAUAAGCCCGGAUCCGAGGACUUAUACGUUUGGCUGCAGGAGAAUGAUAAUUUUGGUGGCUGAGAGAGAGGCUUUGAAGCACUGGGGACUGUAUUAUAAAGAGUUGCUGGAAAGAAUUGGUUGGGGCGGAGAAGUUGAAGUUGUAGAGACUAAAGAUGAGGAUCAUCUUUUUCAUAUCUAUGAUCCUACGACUGACAAAGCUAAGUCCUUAGUUAAGUCCAUCGCAUCUUUUGUGAAUGAGGGUAAAAGAAUUUGAGUUUGUAUCUCAGCAUUUGUAAUGAGUUUACUUAAUCCUUGAUUUGAAAUUUUUAUCCAAGACAUCAUAAGCUUACUCUUAUCUUGCAUUUCAUUUGUUACAUCUCGUGUUGAAGAAUUUCAGAAGUUCGAAGGUAAAAGAUUUGUUAUGUAGCUUUCACCCGAUAUAUUAAUUAUUGCGUGCCUGCCAUUUGUGUGUACACAAAAUUUGAAUCUAACUCAUCUGUACCAAAUUUACACCAACUGAUGUUAUAGACGUAGGCGGAGCCAAGGAAAGGGGGUGUGAGGUGGGAAUAGCUAUGCCGUGACAAGGCCACAGGUUGUGGCAAGGCCAUGCCGAUCCAAGAAACCAAUUCUAGCAGGAUCCCAAGGCCAAGCAAAAGGAAAGAUAAUCUUUGGAAAGGGGUGUGGGUGAAUCUUUAAAAUUGCUCGAGUUAGCUGCCACAGAUGACUUGAUUGGUUUAGUUCCGCGGUAGAAUUAGAAACUCUUGAUGUUGAUGGGUUUGAGCUUUGGUAUGGAAGCAGGGUAGGCUUGAGGAGAAGACAUGUCUUAUGAUUGUUUCUAUGUAUGUAAUUGAAUCGGAUGACGUUGAUAUAUAUAUAGAGAGAGCGCUUGUGGUUCUGAUGCUGCUACCGACCUUCACUUUGAUGUUGUUGGUGGAUCUGCUAAUGUGGUUGAGGUUGUAAACGUCUUGCUCGAUGCAUCUGCAGACACAAACUGUAUCGAUGUUGAGGGGAUUAAGCCAUUGGACUUGAUUAUACUCUUUGUGAGCAGUUUGUUUGUAAAAAUCGAAAAAGACAAUGCUGGAGCUCAUUCUAAGUGGCUUCCCUGGUUUUGAUGAAUAUUGCAAUUGAUUAAUAAGAUUGCUGAAGAUAUUAAAGAUGAAAAAGAGGUUUCGCUGCCACAUGCCUCAAAAGAUUGUAGUUAGGGAAAAAGAUUAUCUUGUUGAUUUUUCACUUCCAGACCUAAAGAAUGGGAUGUCCGCAGCUUCAUUUGGGCUGCGGAGAAGUGGCAGAUCCCCUGCUUUACUAGUGAGCGCGAGAUGCUUCCCCAAUGGGUAGAGCAGUUAUAUGUGGAGCAAGAGUAGUUGGUGGCGUAAUUUGACAUUUUCAUAUUUCCCCUAAAUUCGAUGGACUCUUGGCAGGAAAACCGUUAACACAGAGCAUCAGUGAUGACGGCUUUCUUAAUGUCUAAGUUCAUCUACACUGCUUAUUCCGAUUCUUAAGGUGCGAUUAGUCAUUUCUUUUCUUCUUUUUUUUUUCUGCAAAGCAAUUAGUCAUUUCUUUUUGCUUGUCUCUAGUAGCUUAGUUUUCACCCCAUAAGGUGCCAAUUGAUCAAAUUUUUUCUCCUGUUCCUGAUUUUUGUUUCAGUUCUACUUAAAGUCGAUUCUACUCUAAUAACUAAUCAGUCCUCUUAUAUGUGUAUCUGUAUUGGGUUCUGCGGGGUGAAAUGAAAUACUGAUGUUGAGUUUGAUGAAAUAAAAUGCUAAUUCUUUUCUUUA